AUGUGGGAUAUGUCGACUCGUACAUUAUUGGCAUGCAAAGGCCGUAAUGACGACCAGGUUAAGACCAAUGGUCAGCGCAUUGAGUUGGGUGAGGUGGAGACCCAGCUCCAGUCCGUGCUGCCCAGAGCCUCGCGAGGGGUUGUUGACAGGGUCAACCUGUCUGGACGAGGCAAAAUAGUGGUCGCUAUUAUCCAAUUUGAUGACUUCAUCGGUGCAGAUUUUGAGCAAAUUGAGGCUCGGGUUAGAGAUAACCUCAUCAAUGUGCUCCCUCCGGCAUUUGUUCCCUCACACGUGCUUCACAUCAAGGAGAUUCUGAUGGAAGUGAAGGGCAAAACAGACCGGAAAGCCUUGAGUAAAAUCGGCACUCGAAAAAAAAAACAGCAGGAUCCAUAUGACUCAUAG